GCUGCUUUCCUCGGUCGACGAUACCGCCCCCACAAAGACGACAUGACCACGCAAGAGAAUGUCCCGCUACCCCAGCCUCUAUCCGCCGAUGAGAAGCUGGCAGCCUUCGAUGCGGUGCCGCUAUUCAUGAAGAACCUGCCUGAGGACCCUGCCGACGAUGUCGCGCUCGCGGCCCUGCAGAGCUUGGCCCAUGAAGGGACGCCAGAUGAGAUCGCACAGAACUUCAAGGAGCAGGGCAAUGAGUACUACAAGGGCAAGCGAUAUCGCGAAGCCCUCGGCUUCUAUACCCAAGGAGUCGACGCGCAUCCUACCGAUAAAGCCGUGCUGGAGGCGCUACUAUGCAACCGUGCGGCAUGCAACCUUGAGCUUCAAAAUUACGGGGCUGUUCUCAGGGAUUGUUCCAAAGCAAUCGGAAUAAACACCAAGGCAUCCAAGGCAUACUACCGCUCAGCACUCGCUUUGAUCGCACUAGAACGCUACGACGACGCACUCGACUGCUGCGAUCACUGCCUUCAAUUCGACAAGGACAACAAGACUGUACAAGCUGCGCGAGAGAAGGCCGCUAAGCUUAAGGAGGCGAAAGACCGGAAGGAGCGCGAACGGCAGGAGCGGAUACAGCAGGAAAAGCUGAAACAGGAACGGCUACGCGUUGCGUACAGAGAGCGGAACCUCAUCGUCGUGCCCGUUCCGGACACGGUCGCGCAAAACCCAUACGAGCCGCACUUUGACCCCGAGGAUCCCACGGCCGGCACCCUGAUCAUCCCUGUCCUGUUCCUCUACCCGCAGUAUGCGACGUCGGACCUCAUUUCGCACUUCCAAGAAGACACCCCGUUCUCCGCGCAUCUAAGCGCGAUGUUCCCGCCGAACGCGCCGCGGCCUGACUGGGACGCGAAGGGAGAGUACGUCGAUGGGAGCUUGGUGGUGUAUGGGUUCACGAGACGGCAGCGGCUGUUGAAGAUCGGCAAAAAGAUGACGCUGCGGGAUGUGUGCAAGGCGGCGAAGGCGAAGGACGGCGAGCCGCGAGAUGGCUUCGAGCUGAAAGAUGGGACGCUCACUUUCGUUGUGCUCCCCAAAGGCCCGGAGGAACAGAAAUGGGUAGAAGACUUCAAGAAGAACAGAGCCUCGCAGAAUCGCCCAGCAGAAGAUCCCCAGACGGCACCCAACGAAUCCAUUAUCGACGACGGCGACAGGCUCGGUCCCUUACGCUUCAAGAUGUCCGUCCAGCACAAGAUCUUCCGCACGGCCAACGCGCCCAGGACCGCCCCCGAUGAGACUGAGACCGCUGUCGCCCAGGCGAUCAUCGACCUCGAGAACAGCGCACCUGAGCUGAAGGCGGAGCUCCGCCCCCUCCAGAUCUCUGCCGCCCGUGAAGUCGACGUCCGCGGCGGAAAGAAGGCCAUCGUUAUCUUCGUCCCCGUCCCCCAGCUCAAGGCUUUCCACAAGGUCCAGCAGAGGCUGACCCGGGAGCUCGAGAAGAAGUUCUCCGACCGCCACGUCGUCUUCGUUGCCCAGCGCCGUAUGCUCCGCAAGCCCACCCGGACUUCGCGUGUCCAGCAGAAGCGCCCCCGUAGCCGCACCCUCACGAACGUCCACGAGCGUAUCCUCGAGGACCUCGUCUUCCCCACCGAGAUUGUUGGCAAGCGGACGCGUGUGGCCGUUGACGGCUCAAAACUCCUCAAGGUGUUCCUUGACUCGAAGGACGCAACGUCAUUGGAGUACAAGCUCGACUCGUUCUCAUCGGUCUACCGCCGCCUGACCGGGAAGGACGUCGUGUUCGAGUUCCCCGUGCAGGCGCAGGAGUAGAGGACUGCGGCUGGCUGGGCGUUAUGGGUGUAUUGCACUAUGUCAUUUGUUGUCUCACCUCCAUCAAAAAUGUAUGCGCGCAUGCCCC